AUGCUGCCAUCCAGGAGAUACCUCAGCACCGUCGCGAAUGGGACACCGUGUAAGCGCGAUAGUUCGCUGUCAGUCUCUCGUACUGUUUCAUGGUUGCUGCGACAUAGCGCCAGAAACGAGGGGCUAGACAUACGUCCGGACGGGUUUAUACGCGUCGAGGAGCUGCUGAGACACCCUCGCCUGGGGAGAAUAGACUUCAAUCAAUUGCGGACUCUUGUAGAGAAGGACAAGAAAGGCCGAUUUAGGUUGAUGCAAACGUUGGAAGGGGACGCAACGGCGACGUGGUGGAUCCGCGCCAACCAAGGCCACUCAUUCACGGUCGAUUCUCUGGACCUUCAGCCCAUAACAUCCGCCGAUCAGGUGGAAAUGGCUGUUCAUGGCACAUCCUUCGAGGCUUGGGACUCGAUAGCUGCACAAGGCUUAUCACGCAUGAGUAGAAACCAUAUACAUCUUGCGAGUCAUCUUCCUGACUCACAGCCAUUCACUGCGAUCAGCGGCUUACGCCCCCGCUCCGACAUCCUCGUCUAUAUCAAUCUCCACCUUGCACUGUCCUCUGGGAUCAAAUUCUUCUUAUCCACUAAUGGGGUUGUCCUGACUCCUGGAAACGAAGCUGGGUUCCUCCACCCGUCGCUGUUCGAGAAAGUGGAAAGAGCGUACAUCAGAAAUGGGAAAUUGAAUACACGUCCAAUUAUGCCUAGGUCUGACGAGCUCAACUGA